UUUUGCGGGAAAUUGAGGCCCGUUUGAUUUUGCGUGAUUUUCACUUUCAAUUUUGAAAUUUGUUAUAGAAGAUGGAGUGGGACUGAACGCCUGGUGUCUUUUUCAUUUAGUUAAUAAUAUUCACAUUGUAAGUCUUAAUUUGUACGAAUGAUGCUUGUAUUGUUAAAUCUGGCGGCACGUUUCCGAACUUUCGUGUCUAGAAUACGUGUAUUUCGAAUUUCCUCCCUCAAGAAAACAUCUGGAACAACUAUGAAAAGGGGACGUUAUUUAUUAGAGACUAGAAGAGCAUGUCCGAGAGCAGCAUUUUUGACGUCUUCCCUCCCAUGCCCUCAGAUGGAAAAGUGACGGUGUGUGAACAGAAUGGCCAGCUCAUCAGUGUAUCAAGUAGUUCGAAGCCGUAUAAAAAGCCAGCAGGUUACCCAGAGGUCAACAUUUCUGGGGUUGGAUCCAGCAGUUUAACUCACCGUGAAAAUGCCAAAUCUGCCUUCCUCCCCCACGAUGAAACAGUGUGGAAGCGAGCUCUUCAUGCCUGGUAUGAAAUGGGAACUCCAGGUGUGUUUGAAGAAAUUGUCAACAGCAGCCAGGACGUUCCAGAAUGGGUAGGCGUGGCUGCCAAGAAGACCUUGACCUUUGUACGAUGGGCAAAUUCUCUGCAUGGAUCGAUCUUUCCUCAUCUCUCAAUGUCAAAUGAAGAAAUCAUUACAAAGUUUUCGGAUAUCGUUAACUGGCCUCAGAGCCCUGUUCGGGCCUUUGCUUGGCAUCCACACACCCUCAAAUUUGCCUAUGCCCUUGGUGAUGAUUCGAUCAAAGUGCAUUCUGGGAAGAAUGAUCUGGUUCCCAUCCUCAAACACAAACUACAGAAGAAUGUAGCGGACAUAGCCUGGCAACCCCAGUCGGCCUCAGUCCUGGCCAUUGCUGGUCAAUCCUGUGUCCUCAUAUGGCACGUAGAGCCAACUUCACUGGCCACCAGGCCGUCCACAAGUUCCUGCCAGGUGUUACAUCGGACUAACCACGCCCCCGUGACCUGCCUGGCGUGGGACCCCAGUGGGCGGAUCCUCCUGUCAUCCUCUCCUGUGGAUACCUCCCUCAUGGCAUGGGAUGUUCCCAUGGAGACAUGUGUUCCGCUUCGUCGACUUGGAGGCGGUGGAGUGUCCCUUUUGAGGUGGUCGCCGGAUGGAUCUAAGGUUUUCUCUGCCACACCAUCCCAGUUGUUCAGAGUGUGGGAAACAAAGAAAUGGAGCUGUGAAGUAUGGACCAAAUGUACGAGUCGAUGCAAGGCUGCUUGCUGGAGUCCAGAAGGUAAAACAUUGCUGUUUGCCACAGAGAAUGAGCCAAUCAUCUACUCUCUUACAUUCUCCACCAGUAUUGAUGACACAUCAACAGUGAUUGGUGGAUCACAGUCAGCUGUUGUGUCUGUCAACUUGAGAGAAACAGAGAUAGCCACAGAAGAUGGGACAAUGAUGAAGAUUGGGGGAUGUGUUCAAAAUAUGGUUAUGGACCGGCAUGGAGAAAGAUUGGCAGUAACUCUGCAUGAUGACAAAGGUAAUGUUUUGCCUUAUAUUGCACUCUUCAGGACCAAGAUCAACCCACUCCUGGAGAUUACGCCAUGUGGCUUGAUCCAAGGAGAAACUGGAGAAUUCCCACAACACAUAUCCUUCCAACCCAACUAUGACAAGGGAGCUCUGCUCUCCAUUGUCUGGAGUUCUGGAGCUCUGCAAUAUGUGCCUCUGUACUUUAUCCCCAGUGACGAGAUACAGAAUGCAUCGUACCACCAACCACCCCUGCCCAACAUGAACGGGCACCUGCUCUCGCCCAUACCUAGACUCACUUGAUGCAUUACUCCCCCACCCCCAGAGUCAGUCUCUGCUGUCAACAGUACCUCAUAAAAUUGUGUAAACAUCUAUCCGGAAUGGAUAUCUGAUGUCAACACCCACAUUAAAAGGAUAUCAGAUAUCAAUAAACCGGGACAAAUGUGACGAAAUGGUACACUAUAUCUAAACAUUCAAACAUUGAGAGGACAUGUUAUAAACAUCAACAGAUAGGACUUAUGUGUGUGUAUGUAUGUACAUGUAUUGUAUGUCUGUAUUAUGUAAUGAUAAUGAAAUUAAAAGUGGUUGGAUGUUAUAA